AGAGACUCUCUCCCGGAAGCGGAGCUGCCUCAUGAAUUCUUCGCGGGAGAGAGAGGGACUGAGGUGAGCGAGUGAAAGGGCUCUUUCCGUGGGAAUCUACUGGCAUGGGUCUCUUUCCAGAGAAACCGGCGAACGUUUUCUGAGCCCGAGCUCCUUGUCCAGCUGAGGAGUCUGCUGUCAGGUUACUUAGAAUACCUCCACUGAAGAUGAAACAGGAAGCUUCCCGGAGUGCAUCUUAUACUGUGGAAUGUGAAGAUUAUGUGCAUGUGGUGGAAUUCAGCCCAUUUGAGAGCGGAACUGCAGAGUCUCUGAUAGCCUAUGGUGGCAAUCAUUAUGUGGUUGUUGGAACUUGUAGGUUUCAGGAGGAAGAUGCAAAAGUGGAAGGAAUACAGUAUAAAACCCAAAGAAUAUUUCAUCAUGGAAUUAGAGUUGACGCCAUUGGGUGGAGUCCAGAAAGCAGACUUGAUGCUUUACCUCCUCAGAUACGGUUUUGUACUGCUGCUUCUGAUAAGAAGCUAAGAUUAUUCACAUCAGAUCUCCAAGACAAGGAUGAAUAUAAGGUCUUGGAAGGCCACUCUGAUUACAUUAAUGAUUUGGUAUUUUCACCUAAAGAUGGCCAACAAAUUGCGAGUGUGAGUGAUGACCACACUUGCAGAGUCUGGGACUUGGAAGGGAACUUGAAAAAUUAUUUUAUUUUAUAUUCUCCUGGAAUGAGUGUGAGCUGGCAUCCCGAAGAGGAAUUUAAGUUAAUGGUUGCAGAGAAGAAUGGAACAAUAAGAAUCUAUGAUCUUGUGACCCAUCAAGCUGUUUUGUCUCUCACAACUGAUCAGACACCACUGAUGUCAGCAAGCUGGUGUUUGAAAAAUACUUUUAAAGUUGGAGCAGUUGCUGGAAGUGACUGGUAUAUCUGGGAUAUUGCUCGAUCUAGUUAUCCUGUGGAAAAGAGACCUGUCCAUGCAGAUAGAGCUAGAUUAUUCAGGUGGUCCAAAGUCAAUGAAAAACUGUUUGCUACUACUGGCUAUCCAGGAAAGAUGACCAGUCAACUUCUAGUUCAUCAUUUAGGACAUCCUCAGCCCAUCCUUAUUGGUUCUGCUCCUGUAGGAUCUGGUUUAACCUGGCACAGAACACUUUCACUAUGUGCCAUGGGAGGAGAUCAUAAACUUUUUUUCUGGGUGACUGAAUUGUAAAUAUUUAUACAUGCUAGUUAAACAACUUGGAUAUGGGGAUGAGAGGGGCUGUCACAAAUACUGAAAAAUAUUGUUUUAUAUUGCCAUUUACAUCCAAGAAAUAAAGAGUGUUUGCAUGGGGGCACUUUAGAAUUGCAACAGUUAAGCAUUACUUCCUUCCUUUUGCAGUAAAAGAUAGAAGGGAGGAAAUGCUGCAUACAGACUCAGCUGGCAUGGCUGCAGACCAAAAUCGACAUUUCACUUAAAUCAUGCUCAUUAGGUAGUUUCAAUUGAAUUCAAAUUGCCAUUUGAGGCAAAAGAGGCACAUAUCACUGUGCCAUGACCAUAUUGUUAUACAUUAACAUUGUGAUUGUGUUACUUAUUUGAAUAAAACUGAUACAAUAAAAUAAACAUUGUGCAUUCAAA